GGUUGAGUGUGACUCCGACAAGGUAGCAGCGAAAGACGGCACCUCGGCAUGUUUGCCUACAUCGCACUCGUGGCCACCCUGGUCGGGUUGGCCCAUUGCCAAUGUAGCGUCAACAUCCGGACGAACCUGAACGCACUGGAACCGCUGUUCCUGCGCAACAACCAGCUGUGGGCUCCGUCGGGACCAGCCCUCCAGUGGAACGGUGGCGAAUCCACGCUGAUCGCUUGUCCAGGCAACACGAUCACGAACACCGGCACGGAGACGGCCACGAUUCAGUGUGUCUCGGGCACGACGUUCAGUCUGGGAGGGUCCAACGUGGACAUUGCCAACGUGGCAUGCUCAGCUCGCUCGACGGGCCAUCACCAGAACACCGGGCAGAGCUGCGGUGGUUCCGGCACUCUACUCAACCUAGGGUUCCAGGUUCCCAACGCGGGCUUUGUGACGUACAUCCAGUCGUGCUAUAACAUGCAGGCGGCCUCGGUAAUCUACACCCGCCACGUCAUUCCCGGUGAAGCCAUUAACCACGCUAUCCAGGAGUCGUAUCGGCCAUCGUUCAAGGUGGCCGGAGCUGCAUCGCACGUGUCGCCAGCCACUUCCUAUACUACCGCCCAGCAGGCCAUUCGUCUGGCGAACAUUCUGGGGUCUCAGGCACAGGCGGACCGCUACAUCACCAGUAGCUCGUACAUGUCCCGAGGACACCUGGCUCCGGAUGCGGACGGUAUCUUCCGGCCGUGGCAGUGGGCUACCUAUUUCUACGUCAACGUGGCCCCUCAGUGGCAGGCAACGAACGGUGGCAACUGGUUGGUGGUCGAGAACGCGGCCCGUACCGUGUCCGGCCGGUUGGCGGAGGAUGUGCUGAUCUUCAACGGUGCCCACGACAUUCUGACGCUAACGCACACGAAUGGACAGCAGGUUCCGAUCACGCUGGAAGACGGUGGCAUUCAGGUGCCCAAGUGGUACUGGAAGAUUAUCAAAUCACCCCGCACCGACGCGGCCAUCGCCUUGAUCAACAACAACGAUCCGUUCCGAACGAGCAUCUCGGCCGGGGAAAUGCUGUGCCAGGAUGUGUGCGCCCAGUACGGGUGGAGUAACGCGAACUACGGAAACUUUGCCCGCGGAUACACCUAUUGCUGCACGGUGGCGGCCCUACGCAGUGCCAUUCCGACUAUCCCGGCGGAAGCCUCCGCGGCCAACGUUCUGCACUACUAGCUGGUGAUUGGCGAGAUGGUUCCAGAAUUGGCAGUGAAUGGAUGAAGACGACGAGUGUUGGGAUAAGAGCCGAUUGGGUCCUUAUCGUAAUCGUGCUUCGUCAGCUACAUUGCCAGGGGGGCUACGAGGCUGUUUUUGGGUAUGCUACAGUUA